AUGUCUCGAUCGACUUAUUUCCCCCCACCCCCUCCCCCCCCUCCCCGGCUUCCUCCCUAUAAGCCCCGUGGUGGAGCGAAAGCUCCCGUUGUGCACAAAGAGUCUCCGCCACCUCCAGGAAGUUUCGGCAUUGGUAUCGAAAUGGAGCUUCUUUUAGAGAGCCGCUUUACGCCAUCUGCGGCUGACAAUACUUUUCCACGUUUUGCUCGGCAAUGUGCUAUGUCGUACAACAGCAGCGUUCCCAGCCCGUACCCUAGGAUGCAUAGUUUGGUUCAGGCGCAGUGGGAAGGGGUCCCUCAUACUCAGUGGGUCCUGCAUCAUGAUCCUACAUGUGAAACACAGCAAGAGCCUUGGGGGAUUGAAAUUAUAUCCCCAUUGCUUCGGUCUCACCCGGGCUCACAGUGGCGGCAAAGUGUUGAGGCUCUCUGGAGCUUUAUAAAUCAAAAAUACAUUGCACAGAGUAAUGCAGAUUGCAGCACACACGUACAUAUAUCACGUGUAGAGGGUUUCUCAACCACUGACGUGAAACGCGUUGCCCAGGCUAUCAUCCAUUUUGAGCCUGCCUUCGAAGCUCUUGUGCCACCAGAGCGUCGUGGAAAUGAGUACUCAAGGAGCAACUGGUUGGAUAACCCGCAGUUAGGAUAUCAGAAUCUAUCUCGUGAUCAGUCUAUUGAGCUUAUCGAGAGCAGAAACACAACAGACGAAAUAAUCGGUAUUAUGAACCCAAACCAGUCCAAGUAUUUUGGAUGGAAUUUUCUACCAUUGAAAACCUUCAGGACAAUUGAGUUCCGGCGUGGUUCCGCGAGUCUUUCAGCAAAUGAUGCGUUCACGUGGGUGGAACUUGCAAUGUCUUUUAUUCAGGCUGCCAUGAUCCAACCAUCUUCACAGCAAUUGCUGCGAUAUCCUAGAACGAUUGGUGGCCUGAAGGACUUUAUUCAGUAUGCACAUCUCCCUCAACAAGAAGGCGCCUACAACUCCGCUUAUCUCCAGCGUCUAUUUACUGGCAGCCAUCCAAACGCCAAGCUUAACCCUAUCCCUGUUGGUCACCUUUCAGAACAGAAGAGAGCGAAGUUACAGCGAAAGAUGGAUGCGGACACUGCGAGCAAUCCAAUGUUGGAUAUUAUAGCGUCGGCACAACAACAUGGCGUUGCCUGA